CCUUAAAUUGGAAUGUGAGAAACUGGCAAGCGAAAAGACAGAAAUGCAGAGGCACUAUGUGAUGUAUUAUGAAAUGUCGUAUGGAUUAAACAUUGAAAUGCACAAACAGACAGAAAUCGCCAAGAGAUUGAAUACAAUUUGUGCACAAGUCAUCCCAUUUUUGUCUCAGGAACAUCAGCAGCAAGUGGCCCAAGCUGUAGAGCGUGCCAAACAAGUGACCAUGGCUGAACUGAAUGCCAUCAUCGGGCAGCAGCAGUUGCAGGCUCAACAUCUCUCCCAUGGCCAUGGACCUCCAGUGCCUCUAACACCACAUCCAUCAGGACUUCAGCCUCCAGGAAUCCCUCCACUCGGAAGCAGUGCUGGCCUUCUUGCCCUUUCUAGUGCUUUGGGUGGGCAGUCUCACUUGGCAAUAAAAGAUGACAAGAAGCAUCACGAUGCAGAACACCACAGAGACAGAGAGCCAGGCACAAGUAAUUCUCUGUUGGUCCCAGACAGUCUGCGAAGCACAGAUAAACGCAGGAAUGGCCCUGAAUAUACCAAUGACAUCAAAAAAAGAAAGGUGGAUGAUAAGGAUUCCAGCCAUUAUGACAGUGAUGGGGACAAGAGUGACGAUAACUUGGUUGUAGAUGUAUCCAAUGAGGAUCCUUCUUCCCCAAGGGCAAGUCCCACUCAUUCACCACGUGAAAAUGGUAUAGAUAAAACCCGCCUGCUGAAGAAAGACGCCUCUAGCAGUCCAGCAUCUACAGCCUCUUCAGGAAGUUCCACUUCCCUCAAAUCCAAAGAAAUGAGUCUGCAUGAAAAAGCCAGCACGCCUGUUCUUAAAUCCAGCACACCAACUCCUCGAAGUGAUGUGCCAACCCCAGGCACUAGUGCAACUCCAGGACUUCGUCCAGGUCUUGGCAAGCCUCCAACGAUGGACCCUUUGGUUAACCAAGCUGCUGCAGGUUUGCGGACACCAUUGGCAGUACCAGGACCGUACCCUGCUCCAUUUGGAAUGGUACCUCAUGCUGGCAUGAAUGGAGAGUUAACCAGUCCAGGGGCAGCCUAUGCCAGUCUGCACAAUAUGUCACCCCAGAUGAGUGCUGCUGCUGCAGCAGCUGCUGUGGUUGCCUAUGGAAGAUCUCCUAUGGUUGGGUUUGAUCCUCCUCCUCACAUGAGAGUACCUGGAAUCCCUCCAAAUCUAGCAGGGAUUCCUGGUGGAAAACCGUAA